CAGAGCAUCGGAUUCUUUCAUUUAGUUUUUUUCCUGUCUUGAGCAUCAGUCAUUCGAAUUCCAGUACAUCCCUCGACGGACUUCACUUGGUAAUAUUCUCAAGAUUAUUUAUUAAAUUCCCGCCAAAACGCAACAAGUCUCAAAAUGUCGACAACGUCUAAACUUGACGCCCUCCCAGAUUUUGCCAAGGAGUACUGCUAUGAAAUCGAUGGAUGGGUCAUGCCUAAACUCAUGCCGAAACGCUUCUUGGAUGACCUGAAGAACUAUGAGGUCAGAAGUGACGACACAUACCUCAUCACGUGGCCCAAAUCAGGAACAACGUGGAUGCAGAAUAUCCUGACAUUGAUCUUUGCUAAUGGUGACAUGGAUGCAGUCAGAGAGAAACAUCUCUUCAAACGAGUUCCCUUCUUAGAGAUGCCACAGGGAUUUGACUAUAAAAAGGCUGAGAAUGACAACGGGCUGUACGAGAUUGCCAGGGAUAUGCCCUCUCCUCGCCUUCUUAAAACCCAGUUACCACCUCCAUUCCUUCCCAGUCAGCUAGAGGAAAAGAAACCAAAGAUUGUAUACGUCGCCAGGAACCCCAAGGAUGCGGCUGUAUCGUACUUCCAUUUCUGCAACGUAUCACCUAACCUCCCUCAGUAUAGAGACUGGAAUGACUUCUUCAUUGACUUUUGUAACGACUCAAUUCCUCGAGGAUCCUGGUUUGAAAACGUCUUCUAUUGGUGGAAUAAGCGAAAUGAACCCAAUGUGCUUUUUAUCACAUAUGAGGAAAUGAAAAAAGACCUCCGAGCUUCUGUUGUACGAGUUUGCGAGUUCCUCGGCAAAGACCUUUCAGAAGAAAUCAUUGACGUGGUCACGGAGAACUCGACAUUUGCCGCUAUGAAGAAGGACCCGAAAUCGAAUCCCGACUCGAUGCCCGUCUUCAAGGAAGCAGUGAAACAAAAGAGAUCGUUUCUAAGGAAAGGUGAAGUUGGCGACUGGAAAAACCAUUUUACAGUAGCUCAAAAUGAAAUCUUCGAUGACUUAUAUCGUGAAAAAACGGAAGGUACGGACGUGAAUUUCACCUUUCAACUUUAGACUCUGGCACCAAACUCUUUGAUGAAAAGGGUCCUUUCGAUCAGUUCGGAUGAGGUCUACAUUGACAGCAUAAUUUCAGAUAUCCCUGGUUGUAUUUUUUAACAUUUGCGACCCAAAGCUAUGGGCAUAACACUGAUCUUUAACACGGACUCUAUCAUUAAUGAAUGCUAACAUUGUAUGCUGAUUCUGCAUUCUGAAACCAAUUCCAUUAACCCUAACAUCUACACUAACCUCAAUACUAACGUUAACCCUAACACUAAUCCAGUUCAAUCCUGUCUGACCGAAGUCUUGUCCUUACCGUUACUCUAACACCAACACUAACACUUAUCAUAACACUCAUCCUAACUCUGACAUUAAUCACAACCCUGACCAUAAUUCCACCUCGAUAUUCUACAGUACUUGAGACAGAAACUUUAGAGAGAAAAAAAAAUCAGUGUAAAAUUGUGAUAAGCAAUCACUGUCUUUUUCACUUUUAUAAAGUUGUCAUAAAUUAUUUAUACACAUUUGGAUAAUUUAUUUAUUUAUCUUAAUGAAAUUUCUGAUUUAGCUUUGUGAAUUACUAGCUUGUAUUAUACCUGUGCAAUAAUGCAACGUUUGACAGCUGAAGAACGUGAUAAUAUACAAAUGAAUACUCUAUGAAAUGCUUAGUGGGUCUAAUUGUUCUCUGCAUGGUGUACAAUCUUUGCACCAUACUAGUCUUGACAAAAUGUAAAUUAAUGACAUAGUAGGCCUACACCACUAAAUGAAAUUAACUGUUUUAGUAUUCAUGCCAUCAUAUAGCAUUCGCACGUAUGAAUCUAAAUGGUUUUUUUUCAUAAUUAGAAUUUCUAGAAAUUAAGAAAUUGCCGAUUAUUACAGUGCUCCUCAAAACCAAUAUUGUACUAUUUUUAUACCACUAAAUAUUCAACAAGCUCUUCAUGAAAUUUUGUUAACGUGGCUUACAUUACUCCCAAUAAUACUAUGUUUAUAAUAAAUGAAAAAAAAUGUUA